AUGGCCUCCUGUAGAUGCAUUGUCUGGUUUCUCUGUCUCCACACCUUCUUUUGCUGCCUGCCAUUAGCCAUCAGCGAUGAAACCAAGAAUGACAGACAAGCUCUCCUUUGCUUCAAGUCCAAGCUCUCAGGUCCAAGCAGAGCUCUGGCAUCAUGGAGCAACGCGUCCUCGGACCACUGCAGCUGGCACGGGAUCACCUGCAGUGCGCUGCCUCCUCGCCGUGUCAUUGCACUCGACCUCGAAUCCGAGGGCAUCGCUGGCUCCAUAUCCGCUUGUGCCGCCAACCUCACCGCUCUUAGAAGGCUCCAACUAUCAAACAACAGCUUCCACGGCGGCAUACCGUCCGAGCUCGGCCUCCUGAGCCGACUCGCCGACCUCAACCUCAGCAUGAACAGUUUGGAAGGAAAAAUACCAUCCUCACUGGGGAACCUUUCCUCCCUGCUUGAACUUCGUCUUACAGAUAAUGCUUUAGUUGGGAGCAUACAAGAGAGCUUAGGUCAUAUUCAGCCACUACAGAUAUUGACCUUAAAUAUAAACAAUUUAUCUGGAUCAGUUCCGCCAUCUCUCUUCAACAUGUCGUCCCUGAUAUUUCUUGCCAUAGCAAACAACUCCCUCGUAGGACAACUACCCUUCAAUAUUGGCUACACGCUACCAAAUAUUCAGGGCUUAAUUCUCUCAACAAACAACUUUAGUGGCUCAAUCCCAGCUUCUCUUCUCAAAGCUUACCAUCUACGCAAGCUUUACUUGUACAAUAAUAGCUUUACUGGAUUCAUACCAUCCUUCAGUUCAUUGCCAAAUUUAAAGGAACUAGAUUUGUCGUACAACAAGCUAAAAGCAGGCGAUUGGGGCUUUAUCUCUUCGCUCUCAAACUGCUCCAGAUUGACUAUGCUGAUGUUGGAUGGGAACAAUCUCCAAGGGAAUUUGCCAAGUUCCAUUGGAAAUCUUUCCAAUAGUCUCCAGCAGUUUUUUCUAAGAAACAACAAAAUUUCCGGGCCUAUACCGCCAGAGAUUGGCAAUCUUGAGGGCCUCAGUUGGUUGUACAUGGAUUACAAUCUUUUCACUGGCAAAAUACCGCCAACAAUUGGGAAUUUGUAUAGCAUGGUCUAUCUAUCCUUUGCUCAAAAUUUGCUCUCGGGCGAAAUACCAGAUACUAUUGGCAACCUUGUUCAGCUGAGUUCUCUAAAACUGGAUUGGAAUAACUUUACUGGAAAGAUACCUGGAAGCAUAGGACGUUGUACUCAGCUCCAAAAUCUCAACCUUGCUCACAAUUCACUAGAUGGCAGUAUACCGAGGAACAUCUUCAAAAUUUAUUCACUCACUGGAGAGUUGGAUUUGUCACACAACUACUUCUCUGGGGGCAUGCCGGAGGAAGUUGGCAAUCUCAUUAAUCUGAACAAACUUAGCAUCUCAAAUAACAGGUUGUCUGGCAAUAUCCCAUCCACUCUCGGACAGUGUGUAGUUUUGGAGAAUCUUGAAAUGCAAAGCAACUUCUUUGUAGGAAGCAUUCCGCAGUCCUUUGUGAAGUUAGUUAGCAUCAAAUCCAUGGAUAUUUCCCGUAACAGUUUGCACGGAAAAAUCUCAGAAUUCCUAGCAACUUUGAGUUCUCUGGAAAAACUCAAUAUAUCCUUCAACAACUUUUAUGGAGAGGUUCCAAGAGGUGGUAUAUUUGACAACGCGGAUGCAGUAUCAAUCCAAGGAAAUGAUCAUUUGUGUACAAGUGUUCCAACAGGAGGCGUGUCUCUUUGUUCUCCACAGGUGGACGACAAGAAACAGAAACACAACUCAUUAGUUCUAGUCCUCAAGAUAGUAAUGCCAAUUGUUGUCACUAUAAUAAUUUUGUCCUGUAUUGCGAAAAUUUAUUGGAGGAAGAGAGUGCAAGGAAAUACACAUCUGCAAAUAGUCAACGAGCAUAUAAAGAAUAUAUCAUACGAAGACAUUGUUAGGGCAACCAAUAAGUUCUCCUCUGCAAACUUAAUUGGCUCGGGAUCAUUUGGAACGGUUUAUAAGGGCACUCUGCAGUUCAAGAAAGAUCAAGUUGCUAUCAAGGUAUUCAAUCUUGACAUCUAUGGAGCACAAAGGAGUUUCAUUGCAGAGUGUGAAGCCCUACGAAAUGUCCGCCAUCGGAAUCUUGUAAAGAUCAUCACAUCAUGCUCUUCUGUGGAUUCUACCGGGGGAGAUUUCAAGGCCCUAGUAUUCCAAUACAUGCCGAAUGGGGAUCUGGAAAUGUGGCUAAAAAAUAAAACCCUUGGACAUGGUGAAAGAAAUAUUCUGACUUUAAGCCAAAGGAUUAAUAUUAGUUUGGAUGUGGCAUUUGCUUUGGACUAUCUCCACAACCACUGUGCACCUCCGCUGAUACAUUGUGACUUGAAGCCAAGCAAUAUUCUGUUGGAUAAUGAUAUGGUUGCAUAUGUCACUGACUUUGGACUAGCAAGAUUUCUGUUCACUACAUCAAAUGAAUAUCAAGAUAGUUCAGCAAGUUUGGCCUGCCUAAAAGGAUCCAUCGGAUACAUCCCACCAGGUGAGACUAAGCGUAUUCACAACAUGUAGGUUCAGUUUGUUCUUUAUAGAGUCGUACAAAUACUGCAGGUUCUCUAAUUUUAUUGUGCUUGUAAAUGUAAAUGCAGAGUAUGGCAUGAGCGAAGAGAUAUCAACCAAGGGUGAUGUCUACAGUUUCGGAGUGCUUCUGUUACAAAUGAUAACAGGGUGUGGUCCAAUUGAUGAAAAACUCAAUGAUGGUAUAAGCCUUCACGAAUUUGUUGAUGAAGCAUUUAAAAAGAAUAUGCAUGAGGUUGUCGAUCCCACAAUGCUCCAAGAUGACAGCAAUGCCGCUGACAUAAUGAAGAACUGUGUUAUACCACUGCUUAGAAUAGGCCUCUCUUGCUCUAUGACAUCACCCAAAGAGCGGCCGGAUAUGGGACAAGUUUCUACCGAGAUCCUUAGAAUCAAGCAUAUGGCCUUGCAAAUGGGUGUAUGAAGCAAAUAAUAGACAUGACGGUAGCUGGUGACAGAAGUUCAUGUAAAGAAGAAUAGUGAUGUAGUGACUUCUCCAUUUUGAAAUUCAGUUAGACAGUUGGUGACACUUGUAGAAAGUAUCAUUCUCUUUUUCCAUCUCAUUUUCUUUUUACAAGUGAGUAGUAUUUCUACACGCUCGAUCCGAGUGAUCUGAAUUAGAUUAUUUGUGCGAGCAGUGCCGAAUCAAAUCAAGUUAGAUCGUCUAGAAGCUGGCUUGGAACCAGAUUGGGGAUUAAACCUCGAAUCUGAAGUCUGAACAUGACAACAUGAAACUUGCCUGAGAAAUUAAACUAGAACAGGGUCAAGGCCCAAGCCCAUGCCCAAUAUGUGUGCCCAGAUCAAGAACAUAGGCGGCACGAGCUUGUACCUGGCCGUCCCAGAACCCUAAUAUGCCGAAAAAGGAUUUCGCCCCGCUUUAUACAUAAAGCAACGAUCAACAGCACGCGGUACAAAUGCACGACCCACAACACACGCGCACACACACCCAAGGCAGGAUACAAAUGCGCUAUCCCUAGCACUACAAGAGCAUCCGGGGGCUACAAAGGUGGACACGCCACCCCGAAGAAGUGAAGCCGCAUAUGACGAAACGUGGGCUCCAAGGCGGCGCCUUCAAGAAGGGGACGACAUCGGAGCGCCGCCACCGCCCGAUCAGAGGAUCAGAGUUUCCCCUGGAGCAACACGACGGGCAAUGAGAGCCGCGACGACGCCUUCAAGAAUGGAACGAGUUUCACCGCCGCCGGUCCGUCCAAAGAUAGAGCAGGUUUUCACCCCGGCCACCACACACCGCCAUCGAGCGCCACACCCCGGCAACCACGCCGCCCACACGGCCGUGGCAACCGGGCAGCACCAAGCCACGGGCUCUUCCCAUGAGCACCACGGAGCCACCACCAGGGCCGCCGCCCUGGCAUCCAAGACCUUGACACCACCUCACCCGAGACUCGCCGCUGCCCCAACCAAAGAUACGAGGGGACAGGACCCGCCUUUCGCACCCCUGGACUGCCCCCAGUGCCAAACCCAAUAGGCCGGCCAAAACUGACAUCUAUUGACCCGUCCUGCGGCAUUGGGCGCGAGACGAGCUCGGUCCUGUCGCCGGGCGCAAGACGAGCAUGGUCCUGCUGCCGAGCGUGAGACAAGGUCAGUCCUGCGAGACGAGCUCGGUCUUGCUGCCGGGUGCGAGACGACUGAUGGACCGCAGCUGAGAGAGGGCCAACCAUCGACGAAGAUAGCGGCCGGACGUCAAGGAGAUGGAUCGAAGGUCGAACCGGGCCACCUACACACAGAGCCGACGCCAGAAAUCCAGCCGCCGCCAUAGCCAACCCGCCGAGCUGCUAUGAUGCCGGCGCGGCAAAUGGAAAUCGCCACUCCAGAGGGCCGAGCCGCCUUGCCGCCGCCGCCCACAGCCCGAGAUUCAAGUACUUCGUUGUAUGUGUUGACCAUGGACAAUU